CGUUGUGAUUAGGAAAUGUUUCCUGGCGCAGCAUCCGACCGAGUGGGCGCCGGGUGAGUCCAGUGUCAAUUAAGGCAGGGCGUGUUAUGUGGUAGCAACGGGAUAGGAGGGUGGAAAGCCCUGUAAGGAAGUCGUUGCCUGCAGCAAAACUGAGCCGAAAGCAAAGCGAGGUGAAGUUCAACAAGAUUCGGCAUCCAUGCGUUUGCUGUAAUUAGUCUGAGGAAGAUGGUCGCGAAUGAUCGACAUUACAUGGAAGCUGGAGGUGAGGUGAAGGACUACAGUUGCUUCUCUGAGGGAGAGCCAUUUGGGGGAUAGUGUUCCCAGCAAAAGGGCUCUAGAGAUGGCUUGCGCUAAAAGAAGGUCAAAAGCAAGCCCUUGGCCGCCUCACACCCUGCUGUUCCUUGGCGGUUAUCCUUCAUCAACCCUGGCAAGAGCUCGGUGGUUGCAGCUGGAGGCCAUUAAAGGCCCCUUCGUCCCUGGCAAGCCACCACACACCAGCCUGUGUCCCACCUACCAAGGAAGAGACAAAAACAAGAGCGCGAAAUCGCGCCGCAGCAAAUAGAAGAAACCACCAUAAUGGAGUUUCUUCUUUGAUAAAGAAGAAGCGAACAGAGAAAGGAAUCUGGAGAUGCCCGAUGCAGUUCCUUCUGUCCUGGAUACAUUACGUACAUGCUCAGAAAUGUCAAGUCGGCUGCGUAGCUGGGGAACAUCAAGGCAUAACCCACCAUAUUCUUAAUCCGGUCCAUGAGGUGCUUUUAUUUUUUCAUCACUCCGAGGUGGCUAGUGGGGGCUACCACUUCCACUACCACUACCACCUCCACUGUUCUCCAGUAAGUUCCGGCCAAAACCGUCUCAGCGGUUGCACCAGCCUGGCCGCCGAGCCCUGGCUGGCCUACCUUGGGACAUAUGGUGAGGGGGAGCGGGAGCUUGCUGAUGACUCUCAGGGCAGGUGCCUGUUUGGAGAGUUUCCUAUGCCAACCCAGGGUUCGUUUUUGGAGGCCAGUGCCACAAUGCUCCUCACACCCCCCCUCUUCUCCAUCCAAGUUGAACACUCUUGACACUCUGAACAGAAGGGGAGAGAAGAGGAGAAAAAGGAGAUAAAGGCACACCACUGCCUGAUGCUGGUGGACCCCAUGCUCUAGGGUGUGGCUCAUCCAGGCCAACCUACCCAAGUUACGUCCAUUCAUCGUAACUCUCAAUUCAGACUCGACAUUUUUCUCGAUCUCAUCGAUCGAUGGGGUUGCGCAAAAAAUCCCAUGCUUGAUUCCCACCCCAAUUCUAUCCCUUCUUUUCCCUUCUUUGCUCUUACUGCCCGUGAUACUACCCCCCCAACCAAGAGGCGUGUGCUCUGUUUCGCUCCGUCAUCCAUCCAUCAUUUCCAGCCUCGCUUUGUUUGGUGUUCUUCACUCUUCAUACUUUUAUUUACUUACUACGAUACUCUCUCAUCUUACAGAGUUGCUUUCACCUCGGGCUGAUCAUCAACGGAUACUAGCUUGUUAUAUCCGUUCUUGUGCUGUGUAUCCAGUUACCCUUUCCGCCUGUUUUAUCGUUGCUCCUUGGCUCUGGCUCUGGCUUGUCUACUGGAUUCCUCGGCAACCUCCAUUAUCUAAACAACAACAAUCACCGCACUUGUGCCAGAUCUUUCCUUUCUUCUGUGCAAUACAUGAACUUGAUACCAAACGUCCAACUACUCUGCUUCCUUACUACCAAGACUGCAGAAUUGACACCGCCAUCAUCAGCUCCUUGCUCCCUUCGUUACCACUACCGGACCCCUGUCUUUUUUCAGGAACACGCACGCAACAGACCACGAGAAACCCACCAGUCUCGUGUUCUAAAAAGCGGAGGCGAUUUUGAGCUAUCAAUCCCUUCGUUCGGUCCCCUCGAGUCCAGACAGGCUCCGCGACUAGCCAUCCCGCUAUUUGGUUCCGCCUCGCUUCCCUCGGAGCUGCAACCAUACCCAGGCGCAUUGAGUCACUCAGUCUGAUCUGAUCAGUAGCUGUGUUCUACUGAUUUUACUGCAACUGCCAACAUUAUCAAGAGCAGCUCACAAUUACUGCCGCAAUGACAAUGCACGCAAUUAACGCCGCUGGUCGACGGGUUUCACUCCUUAACGACGAAACUGCUUCCCAACAACAACAACAACAACAGCAGCAGCAGCCAACGCAACGACCACCGCUCAGCUUCCACUCUCACUCCAGCUAUGCCUUCACUCAAUCAUACCCCACCCCGGGCAGCAGUUCUUCUUCGCCAAACACUCCCGAACUUCUUCGUUCCGACUCUUAUGACUCUCAAAUGAGCAACGAUCCUCUUUCUCCUCUGACUCCCAAUGUCGACUACUACCCUCGACAACAGGUCAUGUACACAAUUCCUCAAGACUACAACAUGGAGGCGAAGCAUGCCCAAUACGCCGAUAGCACCCGUUCAGCUUCCUACGACGCUGAGAUGGUCAGCCAGCCCCGAUCCUCGCCUAUGCCCGAGCGCCCCGGAAAGAGGUAUCCCUGCAGGUACCGCGACACUCAUGGCUGCGAAAAGACCUUCACCACCUCAGGUCAUGCCUCGCGCCAUUCAAAGAUUCACACUGCAGAGAAGGCUGUUCAAUGUACUUUUGCGGGAUGCCAGAAGAAGUUCACUCGCGCCGACAACAUGAAGCAACAUCUCGAAACCCACUUCAAGGAUAAGAGUCGCUCUUCUACUAGCCAGCGCAGUCACAGGACAUCCCUAGCUGACGCUCGUCGUAACUCUACAUCCGGGCGCCCUUCCGCGAGCCGCACAUCCUCGUCCAGAAGCCGACGCGACGCUGAUCCCUAUCCCCUUCCCACCCCCCCACUGACCUCACCCAGUGUUAACAGUGGAUCUUGGGAGUUGGGCGGCCGCAACUUGCCCAUUCUCAACCGCCCUGUUGCUGGUAGGACACCUAGCGGUCUGGAUGCCCUCGCUAUGGCCGUAGCAUGCCAGGAGGGUUCUGGUGUCUGAAGUGAAUAAUGCUGGAUCCCUCACCCCUGGCAUUCUCCUUCCAAAAAAGAUUUUUUCUCAGGCAUUACUCUAUUGAUAAUCUUAAUCCUCUGACAAGUCCUAUCUCUAUCUUCACACAACUUACUCCACCUGUCGACUUGAUCCUUGGGGGCACAAACAAUUCCUCUCAUGACUCCCCCGACCCACACAGACAUUGGUGCACUUUUAUUCUGUUCAAUGUAUUGUUUCUAUACGGCGUUGUAUGAACACACGAGGAGCAACCCGGAUUCAAAGGCGUUUUCUUUCCACUUGGAUGGGUUUGUUUUAUUCUUCCUUUUUCUAUUUAUCAUUUAUUCAAAAGGUGUCUGGGAUUGGACGGUGUCGCAAGUAUACGAAUGGCUACACGGAUGGUUCUCCCCAUAUAAGGCACACGGUUUAGAUAAAUGACGACAGGACGCACCCUCUUGGAGUUUCAAACUCGAGGGCAAAAAACGCAUGGCGUUGGCGGGGUUUCACGAUUUCAUGUUUCCAACUUUUGUUCAACUAUAAGAUCUUUUGGGAUAGGCCCAUUCGAGGGCUGUAUCGGGCAUCUCUAGGGGCAUGGGUGCCGGAAGAAGACGAGACAGCGGCAUUAGUACACACUUAGUCGCUGCCCCUUACGGCUGUAUUUAGACGGCAGUGAGGCAGGUUCAUGUGUAGUCCCCAGGAGUUGGAUAGGUGCCAUCACUGGGGCCCCUACUCUGGAUUCAACACAUGAACUGUACACAAUUGAUACCAUUUUGAAUUUUCGCUCAUCUUCUCGCCAAGCAUCACUUAAUGUCAAUCAAUGUGAAGGGAUAGAAUACCUUUGUUUACACUGGUGUAUGCCAUAAAUUCUUUUUUUUUUUUUCAUCACCAGCAUAAUUAACGAUGACUUGCUGUUUCCAUUCAAC